GCUGUCGCCGCCGCCGCCGCCGCUGCUGCUUCUGCUGUGCUCCCCCGCGGCGCGGCCGCCCCCCGCCAGCAGUGCCCCGCCAGCAGCCUCCUGGGCCUCGGGCCGCGCCGCUUUAAGGAGAGAGGGGGGCCGCCGAGUGCCCGUCCCAUCUGGUGCCCAUCCAACUCUUCCUCCUUCCCCUUGGCUUUUUCUUUUCCCAAUGAGCUCCAGCAGGCUGGGGGAGGAGCGGGGGAAGGAGCAAACUUUGCCCCUGAGCUGCUGCCGCUGCCAGCCCUCUGGACUGUGAGUGCGUACGGUGGGCACCCGCCCCAUCCUCCUUGCAGCAUCAGCCUGCUCUCUGCCUGCUGCAGCCUCCCUCUCCCUUGCUUCCCUCCUCUAAAUUUCGCACAGUACGAUGUAGGGGCCGGUCGUUACUCUUUUUAUUUCUCACCGAAGAUGGUGUAUUUUUUUUUAAUAUAUAUUUCUCUUAUUUAUUAAUACUUCCCGAUCGUAAGCCUGCCCAGCCUCCUGCCGGCUGGGCCAGAGAGUAAAGCCUGGGACUGCACCUGGGGCAAUGAGCCCUGCGCUGAAGAAGCCUCCCGGAGGGAUGCGCCGGGGCCGCGCGACAGCCUAGCUCCGCGUCCCGGAGCGCGCAGCGCCGCUCGGUCCUCUCCCUCGUCCCCUCCGCCCGUCUGCUCUGCGCCCCGUCCCCUUGAAACCUCGGAUCAGAGCCUGCGCCCCUCUCCGGAGAUCUCCGCCGGGUGGAGAGCACGGAGCCCGAGGAGAGACGGGGCGGCCGUGCUAGAUGCAUGGGGGAGGGCUCCGCUUAAUGCAAGUUCUGGGCUCCUGCAGGGACCCCGACAACUGUCAGCAGCAGCAGCAACUCGGGGCCUCCUCCUCCUCUUCCUCAGCGAUGCUUUUCCACAGUCUGUCCGGCUCGGAGAUGCACGGGGUCAUCGACGAGAUGGAUCGGAGAACCAAAAGCGAAGCACCGGCCAUCAGCUCGGCUAUAGACAGGGGAGAGACUGAAACGCAGACCAUGCCUUCCAUCAGCAGUGACCGGGCUGCUCUGUGCGCCGGCUGCGGGGGGAAAAUCUCCGACCGUUAUUACCUCCUGGCUGUGGAUAAACAGUGGCACAUGCGCUGCCUGAAGUGCUGUGAAUGUAAACUCAACCUGGAGUCCGAGCUCACCUGCUUCAGCAAGGACGGCAGCAUUUACUGCAAGGAGGAUUACUACAGGAGAUUUUCGGUGCAGAGAUGUGCGAGAUGUCACCUGGGGAUUUCUGCCUCCGAAAUGGUCAUGAGGGCCAGGGAUUUGGUAUAUCACUUAAAUUGCUUCACUUGCACCACUUGCAACAAGAUGCUGACCACCGGCGACCACUUCGGCAUGAAGGACAAUCUGGUGUAUUGCCGCCUCCAUUUCGAGACUCUCAUCCAGGGGGAGUACCAGGUGCAUUUCAAUCACUCGGAUGUAGCCGCUGGGAAGGGCCCAGCGUUGGGUGCAGGCUCUGCCAAUACUUUGGGACUGCCUUAUUAUAACGGCGUGGGGACUGUCCAGAAGGGGAGACCCAGGAAAAGGAAGAGCCCAGGGCCUGGGGCGGAUCUGGCAGCCUACAACGCAGCUUUAAGCUGCAAUGAAAACGAUGGUGACCACCUGGAUAGAGACCAGCAAUACCCCAGCAAUCAAAAAACAAAGCGCAUGAGGACAUCAUUCAAACACCACCAGUUGCGGACAAUGAAGUCAUACUUUGCUAUUAACCACAAUCCUGAUGCCAAGGACUUGAAACAGCUAGCUCAGAAAACUGGCCUGACCAAAAGAGUUCUUCAGGUUUGGUUUCAAAAUGCUCGAGCCAAAUUCAGACGGAACCUCUUACGUCAAGAAAACACAGGGGUGGAUAAGACUUCAGAUUCAACACUCCAAGCAGGGACUCCAUCAGGUCCUGCAUCAGAAAUAUCCAAUGCCUCCAUGAGUCCAUCCAGCACUCCCACUACUUUAACGGACUUGACUAAUCCUACUAUGCCUACUGUGACAUCUGUCUUGACGUCAGUGCCCGGAAGUCUUGAGGUUCAUGAAUCCCGAAGUCCUUCACAGACAACUCUUACAAAUCUUUUCUGAUGACUCUUUCUUAAUAAUUUCUUUAAAAAAGAAAUUAUUCUUAGUUGAAAUUCCAAGUGUAUUUUAAUAGAGGC